AUGCUUCCCGUUGCUGGUAAGGCUCUUAAAAAAGGAAUAAAGACAGUAAAAAGAGGAGUGGGUGCCUAUAAGGAUUUACGAACCGGGGGAGGAAUUGAUUUUGGCGAUUUAUCAAGUGAUAUUGGAGACUUAAAGAAUGGUUUAGCCGGAGCCAAAGCCCAGAUUGAAAGUCAAGGCAAAGCUCUCCAAGGUCAAAUUGACGGAGUUAAGUCUGAACUCGAAGGAGCCUUAAAACAGCAAGGAGAAAAAUUUGACCAAGAAAUCAAAGCCCAAGAUGCCAAAAUUGCUACUUUAUCAGGAGAACAAAAAAGACAAGCCGAAGAAACCAAAAAAGCCUUACAAAAGCAAAAGCAACAGUUAGAAAAAGCCUUACAGGAAGUCACAGAAAAUUUAACUAAGGCUCAAAAUCAGUUAAGGAAAGAGUUGGAUGACUUCAAAAACGAAGUCAACGAAAGAUUUGAGAAGCAGGAAAAGAAAAUUCUUGAUAACAAACGCAAAAUUGAAGAAGAGAAAUGCCAAAGAGAAGCCGAAAUCAGAGAAGUAAAAGACAAGAUUAAAAUUGCUAACACUAAAAUUGAAAACUUACAGCAAGAAAAAGAAGAAUUGCAGGAUAACUUUAAUAAAUACCAAUUCCAAACUAAUCAAAAAAUAAAUGAGGUUCAGACGGAAUUAGAAGACACCCAAGCCGAAUUCCAAUCCAAACUAAAACUCCAAGAGGUCAAAUAUCAGAAUGAUUUAGAGGAAGCCAAAGAAGAGUUUGAAAACCAAACUAAAAUCGUUGAAACUCAAAUUAAAGAUACGCGGGAAGCCCUGGAAGAACAGGAAGAAGAAUUAAGCAAUAUUAAGUAUGAACAAAAGAAAUCCAAACUAGAACAACAACAAAUUUUUGAAGAACUCCAAGAAACAAAUGAUAUUCUUCACUUCCAAAAACAUAAAUUAGACUUUGUGGCUCAGCAAAUGGAAGAAAUUCACGAGGAAGUUCACGACCGCAUGGAUAAAUUAUCCCAAAAGUUAGACCAAAAAACUAAUGAAGUAUUAAACAUUACCAAAGACACCAAUAAAAAAGUUGACAAAUUAACCGAGGAAGUAAAAAACAUUCAACAAACCACUGAACAACUUCAAGAACAAAUCAAAAAGAACAAGGAAGAAACUGAACAAGUUAAAAAAGAGGCUAAACUGGCUAAUGAACGACUAGAUAAUUUAUUAAAAAUUCAGGCUCUUUUUGAUUAUUCUGCCGAACAAUCUAAAAUAAACAAAAUUGAAAAAUCCCUCGAACUCAAAGCCGAAGAAACUAAAUUACUAGCCACUUUAAACUUAUUAAAAGAAACUAAACAAUUAAUCCCAAAGCCCGAACAAGUUGACCCAUCAGCAACCGAGAAAUCAAAAUCAGAAGAGCAAAAGGAAAGUGAUAAUUCUCUUUUAGAAAAAUUUACUGAAUUAGAAAAAGAAACUUUGGCAAGAUUACAAGAAAUUCAACAGCAAAUUAAUCAGAAUAUCCAAGAAGUAGAAAAUUCACCUCCACUACCUCCUUCGGCUACUCAGCAAAAAUUCCAAUCUAUUCAACAGGAAAUUCAGGAAAAGAAGCAACAAUUAAAGCAAAAACAACAAGAAAUUAAGAAUUUAGAGAAAAAGCCUUUUUCGGAUGAAAAUCAGCAGCAAUUACAACAAGCCAAGGAGGAGAAAAAAGAGGUCGUGAGACAAUUAGAGGAAGCCCAAACCCAAUUAUCAGACCCUUCUUUCCAAUUCGAACAAGAAUUAGAAAAGUUUGAGGAACAAGUGAAUGAGGAUAAAAAAGAGGAAACGGAUAAAAAACUGGAAGAACUAACCCAACAGUUAAAAGAAAUGGAGCAAACUGUUGCUGCUUCUCAAAAACAGAUGACAAAGUUUAUGCUGUUCCUGAUUAUUUUCCUCUUGGAAACCGAACAAUUAGAAGACUUAAAAACUGUUAUCCAAAACAAAGCAGAAGUCCACCAAAAAGAAUUAGAACUACAACAACAAACCGAAACUCUCCAAAAAGCAACUGAAAUAGAAGAAAAACUAAAAGUAGUCCAAGCCAAUUUAUCAGAUUCACCAAUGACCUGA